CAGUUAGUCUCGGGAAGGAAUCAUCUCUCUAGAUUACAGUCUCCAGAUUAAACCUUGCUCUGCUCUGAAUGACGAUGAUGAAACCCUGAAACCUGAUGAAUGCACAAUUCUAAAUAAUCAGGAUUGGAACCAAAACCAUGGAAUUCUUAGUAGAUGAUCACUUCUACUCCAACUCCUCUCCGAGUAUGUUUAACGUAUCUAGAACGGAUCUACUCUCUCCUCCAAACCUUCUCCGACCCCCGAACCUAUCUCUAGCUCUACCUGGACCUAUGCUGACCCUGCUGCUAGCUCUAUAUAUCCCGGUCAUUCUACUUGCUGUUCUAGGCUCUCUACUUGUCAUGCUCAGCGUGAUUAGAUCUCCGAGCCUGAGAACUUGUAGUAACUCCUACUUGGUGAAUCUAGCCCUCUCCGACCUUCUACUCGCAGCACUCGCGUGCCCCAUCACGCUCGUUCAACUCACUUUUAAGAGUUGGCAGCUUCCUCUCCAUCCUGCUCUCUGCUCUUUAUCCUCCUUCCUUCCUCUCUUCUUCUCCUUCGCUUCUACCUUCACCAUCACGGUCAUAGCUUUAGACAGACAUCAGCUGAUAGUUCACUCCAGCCAACCACAUUACAGAGCUAGAAUAACUGGACUGACACUUGCCGGGGUUUGGGUUGGAGCGCUUCUCUGCUCUGCCCCUAUCCUCCCUAACACCAGGUUGGAUAUACACACUCUACCUCCAGCAGUGAGCGAGGUUCUAGGAAUAUCUGAGAGAGCGUACUGCAGAGAGGAUUGGGGGUAUCCUAAAGGAAGGUUGCUGUACAGUAUUGUAAUAUUGAGUAUCCAGCUUCUUCUACCCUCUGCUAUACUGAUUAUGGCCCACGCCAGGGAUGAUCAAGGUCCAGCUGAAGUCAAGUUUAGGUCAGCCUUCUCUGUCUGUCAUCUGCUAGGGAUGUCCUCGGCUAUAUCUAAUCCUCUCAUCUACGGAUACUUCAACCAGGGAUUCCGUGAAGAGUUCUGGAAGAUUAUUCUCCCCUGCAGAAAAACUCCUCAAUUCUCCCCCGCUACCCUCUACGCGACUACAAAGUUCUAA